AUUUGAGGGAGACUGAUAAGUAAUUUGAAUUCUUCGGUAUCUAUUAUGCUAAAUAUAAAUUAAUUUUGAUUACAAUAAUGAGAUUAAUGAAUCUCAUAAGAGGUUCUCAACAUAGAAAUUUGGCCCAAUUAUCAGAUAUUAUAAUAGCUGAAAAACGAAGCAAAUGGAUACCAGUUGUUGGAUUGGAAAUUCAUGUUCAAUUAAAGAGUAAUGCCAAGUUAUUCUCACCAUCAACAACUAUUUUCGGUGCACCUGCUAAUACUAAUGUAUCCUUAUUUGAUGCUGCGAUUCCUGGCACACUUCCAGUUUUAAAUAAAAAAUGUGUUGAAUUAGGUGUGUAUACAGCAUUAGCUCUAUCUUGUGACGUGAACUCAGUUUCAUUUUUUGAUAGGAAGCAUUACUUUUAUGCUGAUCUUCCUGCUGGAUAUCAAAUCACACAACAAAGAGCACCACUUGCAUGUAAUGGCCAGCUUGAAUUUCCUGUUUACCAACCUGGUGUUCAUAAAAAACCAUAUACAAAACUUUCCAAAAUACAUCAAAUGCAGUUGGAGCAAGACAGCGGAAAAUCACUUUAUGAUAUUAAUGGAAGAAACCUUGUAGAUUUGAAUAGAGCUGGCGUACCUUUGAUUGAAAUAGUUUUUGCCCCAGAUUUAAGUGAUGGUUAUGAAGCUGCAGCACUAGUUAAAGAAUUAAUUCUUAUUUUAAGGAGGAUAGAAACUUGCUCUUGUAAAAUGGAAGAAGGUGCCUUAAGGAUUGAUGCUAAUGUUUCUGUACAUAAAGAAGGAGAAAGUUUAGGAAUCCGCACUGAGACAAAAAAUAUUGGCAGCAUCAGAGGUGUGUCUCAUGCUGUAAAUUAUGAAAUCAAAAGACAGAUAGAUCUUCUUGAGUCGGGAGGUAUGGUAACAAAUGAAACCAGAGCUUGGGAUGCAUUUCUUGAUGAAACAGUGCCAAUGAGGGACAAAGAAAUGAAACAGGAUUACAGAUUUAUGCCUGAACCAAAUCUACCUCCAUUAAGACUUGACUCAAUGGAAAAUACUGAAGAAAAUAUAAGUGUUUCGAAGUUAAAACAGUCAUUACCUGAAUUACCAGCAGAGUCCAGGGAAAAACUUGCAAAAUCAUUUGAUUUAUUGCCAGAAACAGUCAUUCAGCUAGUUAAUAUAGAAGAUCUAUUUUUGAUUUUCAACUCAAUAAUGAAGGAGAAUAAAAACAGAAAUGCUAAAACUGUUGCUACUAUUUUAUUAGUAGAACUUAUGACAUUAAUAAAUAAGGGUUUGACUGAUUUCAAUGAUGGAAAAUUUAAUGAAGUUAAAUUAGGAAACAUUGUGGAUCUUAUUCAAUCAGGAGACAUAAAUAUUAAUAUAGCCAAAUUGGUCAUGGAAGAAAUUGCAAAUGGGAACAACAAUUCUCCUAAAGAGAUUAUUACAGCCCUGGGAUUAUGGCAAGUCAAGGAUACUGAUGAACUUACUCAGAUUUGCAUUAAGAUAAUUAAAGAUAAUCCUGAAAUUGUUAAUCAGUAUAAAAAAGGAAAGAAAAAAGUUUUAUUUGCCCUCCUAGGAAAAGUGGCAUCAGAAACAAACAAAAAAGCUAAGAUGGAUGUAGUGGCUGAACUAUUGAAAGAAAUGUUGAAAGAUUAAUUUUCACAAAUUUUAAAAUCGAUGAAUGAAUAGGAUACAAUUUAUUAGGUUGUAAUAUUUUUACUUAAUAAAACUUAUAAUUUUACCGUCACCAA